GCACUUUUGACUUCGCCUUUUUUCUUUUUUUUCUCUUCACAUUUUCACAGCUUCAGUACCUCGGAGUCAAUCAUUGUCCACUUUUUGAAAUCAUGGCGGUUACGAAUAUUUGCAUACCGAUCCGACAGCUGUUCAUCGACGGCGAAUGGAGAGAGCCGGCGAAGAAGAAUCGUCUUCCGAUCAUCAACCCCGCUACCGAAGAAACUAUAGGGGAUAUUCCGGCAGCGACGGCGGAAGAUGUGGAUAUAGCGGUCGAAGCCGCUCGGAGAGCUCUUGCCGGAGAGUGGGGAUCAAAGACAGGGGCACAGCGGGCAAAAUAUUUGCGUGCAAUUGCUUCUAAGGUUAAGGAGAGGAAACCUGAACUUGGAACACUUGAAACCUUUGAUUCUGGAAAGCCAUGGGCAGAAGCCGAUGCAGAUAUGGAUGAUGUUGCAGCAUGUUUUGAGUACUAUGCAGACCUUGCUGAAGCUUUGGAUUCUAAACAGAAGACUCCUAUUCCUCUUCAUCUUGACCAAUUUAAGUCGUAUGUUCAUAAAGAACCACUUGGGGUUGUUGGGUUGAUUACUCCAUGGAAUUAUCCCCUGUUGAUGGCUACCUGGAAAGUUGCUCCUGCACUUGCAGCUGGGUGUGCAGCAAUACUUAAGCCAUCUGAAUUAGCUUCUAUUACCUGUUUGGAGUUGGGUGAGAUCUGUAGAGAUGUGGGUCUUCCCCCUGGUGCCCUUAACAUUCUAACUGGUUUGGGUCCAGAAGCUGGCGCACCAUUGGCAUCUCAUCCUCAUGUUGACAAGAUUGCAUUUACAGGAAGCGCUGCCACAGGGGUCAAAGUCAUGACUGCUGCUGCUCAACUUGUCAAACCUGUUUCACUUGAACUUGGUGGAAAAAGUCCUAUCGUUAUAUUUGAGGAUGUGGGGGACCUUGAUAUAGCUGCUGAGUGGACUAUUUUUGGAUGCUUUUUCAAUGGUGGUCAAGUUUGUAGUGCCACAUCCCGCCUUAUAUUGCAGGAAAGCAUCGCUGCAGAAUUUUUGGACACACUUCUGAAAUGGACAAAAAAUAUUAAAAUAUCAGAUCCCUUAGAGGAGGAUUGUAGACUGGGUUCUCUUGUUAGUCGUGGACAGUAUGAAAAGGUGUUGAAGUUCAUAUCAACUGCCAAAAGUGAAGGUGCAACCAUUUUGUACGGUGGCCAGCGACCUGAGCACUUGGAAAAAGGGUAUUUUAUUGAGCCAACCAUUAUCACUGACGUAAAUACCUCAAUGCAAGUCUGGAAAGAGGAAAUAUUUGGACCUGUUAUUUGUGUGAAAACAUUUAAAACUGAAGAGGAAGCCAUUGAACUAGCAAAUGACACCCACUACGGUUUGGGUGCUGCUGUUUUAUCAAAAGAUCCCAAAAGAUGUGAGCGUCUGACAAAGGCCUUUCAGUCAGGAAUCGUCUGGAUCAACUGCUCACAGCCAACCUUCUGCCAGCCACCUUGGGGAGGAAAGAAGCGUAGUGGUUUUGGACGCGAAUUAGGGGAAUGGGGACUAGAAAACUACUUGAAUAUCAAGCAAGUUACGCAAUAUGAUUCCGAGGAUCCGUGGGGUUGGUACAAGUCUCCCGCUCCUUCAAAGAUGUGAAAGUUCCCUAAGAUCUGGAGCCUAAACGUAUGCUAUUGUGCAAAUCUUUUACACCUGUUUGUGUGAAAGAUGAUGCACCUACUCGUGUAGUCGUGUAUUACAUAAUAUAUCCUAGCGGUGAUGGAACUUGGAAUAAGCCUAUCUCUGUAUGAGAAUGUAUGAAUUUGUUUGUACUGUUGCAACCUUCUCAAAUAAAAUGAAUGUCAAACUUUCAAGUUUAUCACUUU